AUGGAAAAGGGAUUUGGGAUUAGACUUAAUCCGCACACCGUUUCAGAGCAGGAAUUGCUUAACUCUAUUGAAAACCUAUUGAAUGACAAGGAAUUAAAACACAAACUAUCCAUCGCUUCAAAACCGGUCGGUUCAGUGAAUGCGUGCAUAGGUUUGGCUGAAGUAUUGCUGAGUCGCGGACACCGUAUUGUCUUCGCUGUUAACCAAUCAUUUGCGGGAAAGUUAUCGCCGUUUGGUUUCAUCGAAGAGAUACUCAAUGACGAGACGGGAAAACUUCCCGCAGAAUACUUUGCCAAAAGUCUACUCGCGUCGGGAUUUUUGUCAGACUUAACGUCCGAAGAGUCAAUACAAAUGAUGUGCGAAACACCGAUAUUUGCCGAUUUGAUCGACAAAAUGAGAGCCAAUGAACCGAAACUAAAGGCAAUUAUAGCCAAACAUAAUCCCGAUGUGUAUAUUAUCGAUGACUUCGCCGGCUCUCCGACAAUCAUUCAUUCAAACAAACCCUGGAUUCGCAUCAGUAGCUCUCAACCCCUGACUGGUAUAAAGGAUGAUAGGACACCACCGGGAUGUUCUGGAUAUCCUUCAGAUAGUGAUCGACAGAAAUGGUCUGAAUUUAAAGAAUUGAAAAAAAAUCUAUUCAAAUCCCAAUUAAUUAAAUACAAUGAAUGGAUGGAAGAAGAGGGCCAUCCCUUACACACUGCGAAUAAAUCCAUUUUAGAGUCGCCUUAUCUUAAUAUCUAUGGAUAUCCCGAAGAACUCGAUUACACAGACAUCCGACCCAUACCUGAGAAGUGGAUAAAAAUCGAAACUUUUAUGAGAAAAGGAGAACAAGAAUUCAAAAUUCCCGAUAAAUUUCGC